AUGGAUUUGUAUAACAUCUCCUUUGACAUGGAAGAUUGGUAUGACAUCUCCAUUGAGAACGACACUUAUGGACUGGAACCUGACUUGCCACCCACCUUUUUUGUGACAUCAUGUAUUGUCAGCUCCAUCGGCCUUCCUUUGACCUUACUCGCCAUCUACGCUCUGUAUUCCCUGGUGCAAGAGAACAAUGUUGCUCCUGUCUACGUCAUCAACCUCCUCAUCUCUGACCUUAUCCAGAUGUGCUGCUUUGUCAUCUUGGUGGCACAACCCAAGAAUUUCAUCAUGUUUGUUGUCUCUGCAAUUAUCUACAGCAUUGGUUUAAUGGCCAGUGUUGGCUUCAUGGUGUGUGUAGCCAUGGAAAGGUUUUUGGUCAUCGCCUGCCCACUGUGGUACUGCUUCAGACGAAACAUCAAGAUCACGCUAGUGGUCUGCUUAAUGAUUUGGGUUUUGCCCUUGCUCCUGGGGUUUCUUGGUUACUUUAGCUUUAAAUUUUUGCACGAAGACCUCCUCCUGCCCACCUACCUUCUCCUGCCCUUUCCCCUGCUCAUCUUCUUCCUGGCUGGGACUGUCAAAGCCCUGUCCUCCUCCAUCUCUGAGGGGUUGAGUCCCCUUAUGGACUUGGUUCUGUAUAUUUUCAUGAAGAAAGGGACUGUAGACAAGCUGCUGGGCUGCCUGUGCCGAUGCAGGAUGACCACAGAGCAAGAGCAGGGGCAGAUGUUCACUGCGGACAGCAACACUCCACAAAUGGUCAGCUCCAUGUAG